CCAAAACUUCUUUGACAGUUUAACUGUUGAUAGAACAAAAAUUAACUUCGUUACCGAAUUGUAUCAUUGGGUAAUUACAGGGUCCAGUUUUAUUAUUGGUUUAUUAUUGUUUAUUCUUGUUUAAGGCAUCGUUGUUAACAGUGCUUGUCCGUUGGCCAACCCACGGUUGUAUAAAGUUGAAUUAAUUAGACCAAGAUGCCUGGAAAUAGUAAUCAAUUGCCGGGUAAAGAUAAAUCGUUACCGAUUCCAAUACCAUCAGUUGACUCUUUGGAUAAUACUAAGAACCCACCAAGUUCGGAUUCUAUUCCUUCUAGUAAUAAUACAUCUAGUACUCCAUCCAAGAGGCCGCUGAUUGGACUGUCUUUACAACAUAAAAUAAGUCAACCAAUGUCACCAUUAUCAUUAUCAGCGUCUAAAUAUUCGGUUAUCGAUGAGCAUCCUCCAGGACAAUUUUUGGAUAAAGAUGAGGGUAAAAAUGGGGCUGACGAUGAUGACGUUGAUCGUUUAACUAUUAAGAACGAUGCUGAUUCUUCUUCUACUGCUACAGAUUUAACUUCAAGCUCACCAGCAACAGAAAAGGCAAUUGCUUCAUUAGCACCAAUGUUGGAAAGUUUUGCUCCUAAAACCAGUGCUGAAGAAUCAAAAGAUGGUAUUAGUAACAAUUUGGGUGAUUCAUCAAAUUAUCUUUCUCCUAACGAGAAUCAAAACGCAUUGACUGCUGAUAAUUUGACUACAAAUGAAGCUAGUUUGAAAGCGAAAUCAAAUUCAAGAGCUAAUUCAUUGUCUUCUAUAACAACUUUUACCCCUGAUAAUGGUUAUAAUAGUUUAUCCAAAUUACAUAAAACUAUUUCAAAUUCCUCAAAUACUUCAAGAAAAUCAAUUUCAAUUCAUAAAGAACCAGAAGGUCCGGCUUUACCUAAAAUUGGUAAGAUUGGUGUUUGCGCAAUGGAUGCUAAAGUUAUGUCAAAACCUUGUAGAAGAAUUUUAAAUCGAUUAAUUGAAAAUGGUGAGUUUGAAACAAUUAUUUUUGGUGAUAAAGUCAUCUUAGAUGAAUCAAUUGAAAAUUGGCCUACUUGUGACUUUUUGGUUAGUUUUUUCUCAACUGGGUUUCCUUUAGAUAAAGCAAUUUCUUAUGUUAAUUAUCGUAAACCCUAUAUUAUUAAUGAUUUGGUACUUCAAAAAUGUUUAUGGGAUAGAAGAUUGGUUUUAUCGAUACUUAAUCAUGCAAAUGUUCCUACUCCUCAAAGAUUGGAAAUUAGUCGAGAUGGUGGUCCUCACCUCGAUAAUCAAUUAUGGGAUAAAUUGAAAGAAGUUGGCAUGACUGAACAUCAAUUACACAAAUUAACUAAUCAACUGGAGCCUAAUUGGGAGAUGUUGGACGAUGAUACCUUAUGUGUGGAAGGUGAAAUUAUGAAAAAACCUUUUGUUGAAAAACCAGUUGAUGGUGAAGACCACAACGUGUAUAUCUAUUAUCCAAAAUCAACCGGUGGAGGUGGACGUCGUUUAUUCCGUAAAAUUGGCAAUAAAUCCUCUGAAUUUGAUCCUGAGUUAACUACUCCAAGGACUGAAGGGUCUUUCAUAUACGAAAAAUUCAUGGAUACUGAUAAUUUUGAAGAUGUCAAAGCAUAUACUGUUGGUCCUAACUUUUGUCACGCAGAAACUCGUAAAUCUCCAGUCGUUGAUGGUAUCGUUAGGCGUAAUACCCAUGGUAAAGAAAUAAGAUUCAUCACUGAAUUAUCAGAACAUGAAACUACGAUGGCUCAAAAUGUUAGUAAAAUUUUCAAACAAACCAUUUGUGGUUUCGACUUAUUGAGAGUUAAUGGAGAAUCUUACGUCAUUGAUGUCAAUGGGUUUUCUUUUGUCAAAGACAAUAAUGAAUAUUAUGACUCUUGUGCUUCGAUUUUAAGAAACCUUUUCAUUGAAGCCAAAAAGUCUCGUGAUUUGUUAAAAACUAAAAUUCCUCGUCUGUCCCAAUUAUUACAUAAGAGUCAAUUCGAAGAAAAGGAACAGAAAUGGGUCUUUAAAGGUUUGGUUUCAGUUAUCAGACAUGCCGAUCGUACCCCAAAACAAAAAUUCAAGUAUUCAUUUAGAUCCCCUCUUUUCAUUUCCUUAUUGAAAGGGCAUAAAGAAGAAGUUAUUAUCCGUGCAGUGCCUGAUUUGCAAGUGGUUUUAGAAACUGUGAAAAUCGCUUAUGAAAAAGAAUUGGAAGAUUUGAAAAAAUUAAAACAAUUAAGAGGUGCGUUAGAGAAGAAAAUGAAUUUCCCUGGUACAAAAAUUCAAUUGAAGCCUGCCUUGAAUAAAGAAAAUCCUGAAGUGGUAGAAAAAGUUCAAUUAAUCUUGAAAUGGGGUGGUGAGCCUACUCAUUCUGCCAAACAUCAAGCUAGUGAUGUUGGUGAACAGCUCAGACAGAACAUUAAAUUGUUAAACAGAAAUGCCUUGCAAGAUGUUAAAGUUUUCACUUCUUCUGAAAGAAGAGUGAUUACUAGUGCUCAAUUAUCAACAAUGGCAUUACUAGGUUUAGAGAAAGAACAUGAAACAUUACCUGAUGACUUUCUUAUCAUCAGGAAAGAUUUGUUGGAUGAUUCGAAUGCUGCUAAAGAUUUAAUGGAUAAAGUUAAAAAGAAGUUAAAGCCUUUGUUAAGACAAGGCGCUGAAGCUCCUCCCCAAUUUACCUGGCCACCGAAAAUGCCAGAACCUUUUGUUGUCAUUAAAAGAGUCUGCGAAUUAAUGAAUUUCCAUCAACAAAUUAUGCAGUAUAAUUUCGAUAAAUAUGAUGUUGAAGAAUUUCAAAAAUCAUGGUGCUGUGGUGAAGAUCCAAUGUUAUUCAAAGAAAGAUGGGAUAAAUUAUUUCAAGAAUUUACAACUGUUGAGAAAACACAUCCUUCCAAGAUUUCAGAAUUGUACGAUACAAUGAAAUAUGACGCUUUGCACAACCGUCAAUUCUUGCAACGGGUGUUUUCGUUUGACCCAAAUGAUGAAGCUUUGAUUUCUAAAUUAAGUGAAACGUGUGGUAACACUAUCAACUCUUCAGGUUUAGUCAGCGAAUAUCCAAUUAAUAUUUUAGCAAUGAACAAUUUUAAGAUUCCUAAUGAAUCAACGACCACCUCUGGAAACAACAGUUCUACCCAUUCUGGGUCUAAUUCCACCAAUAACUUGGCUAGUAUUACAUCUUCUAGUACUCCAAUCUCUGCUGGUUCUUUGGGUUGGGUUUUGAAGGAUGCUACUUCCACAAUUAAUGAUUCUUCCUCAAAUAAUGAUUCAAAUACUCAUAAAAAGACUUCUAGCUCUAAAAAUUCUUCAAAUAAUCCAUUUGACCAUCCUACCUUUGCUAGAUUGAGAGAAUUGUAUAGGUUAUCCAAGGUUCUAUUUGAUUUUAUAUGUCCACAAGAAUAUGGUAUCAAAGAUGAAGAAAAGCUUGAUAUUGGAUUGUUGACUUCGUUACCAUUGGCUAAACAAAUCCUUUCUGAUAUUCAGGAUAUGAAGAAACACGACACUGCUGCCGUUGUUAACUACUUCACUAAAGAAUCGCACAUCUACACCUUAUUAAAUGUCAUUUACGAAUCCCAAAUACCAAUGAAAAUUGCAAGAAAUGCUUUACCUGAAUUGGACUAUUUGUCACAAAUUGUAUUCGAAUUAUACGAGUCUGGUGAUGCAAAUAGUCCAACUGGUAAAAAACACUCCAUUAGAUUGUCUUUGUCACCUGGCUGUCAUACUCAGGAUCCUUUGGAUGUUCAAUUAGAUGAUGACCACUACAUUGGCUGUAUUCCUCGUAUUAGCUUGACAAGACAUCUUGAUAUGGAUUUGGUCACUCAAAGAUUGAAAUCAAGAUUCACAAGAGUUUCAUUACCAAAAAAGUUUACUCCUGUGAAUAUCUCAAGUCCCUUGGCCACUGGAAUUUAAUAUGUUUUUAUGUUUUCUUCAUUUGU